AGUAGACAUUGACGUACCCAGCGUGGACAUCGAAGGGCCAGAAGGAAAAGUGAAGGGCCCCCACGUGAAGAUGCCCGAGAUGCACCUCAUCUCCAUGCCGGACUUUGACCUAAACCUGAAAGGCCCCAAAGUCAAGGGGGACGUGGACGUUUCCAUCCCCACGGCAGCAGCUGAGCUGAAGGGUCCUCAACUCGAGCUCAAAGGCCCCAAGGUCGAGGUUGGAGCACCCGACGUGGACAUCCACGGCCCGGAGGGCAAACUGAAGAUGCCCAAGUUGAAAAUGCCCAAAUCCGGAGAGCCUGGUCUGGGGGAGAGUCCCAGCAUUGACGUGACCCUCCCGAAAGGCGAGGUGGACAUUUCUGGUCCCAAGGUUGAUGUUGAUGUGCCGAGUGUGGCCAUCAAAGGGCCAGAAGGCAAGCUGGAAGGCCCCCACGUGAAGAUGCCUGAGAUGAGCUUCAAGCCCCCCCAGAUCUCCAUGCCGGACAUCGACUUGAAGCUGAAAGGUCCCAAAGUGAAAGGAGACCUCGACGUUUCUGCCCCAAAACUGGAAAGGGAGCUGAAGGCACCUGGACUUGACAUCAAAGGCCCCAAGGUUGAGGUUGGAGCCCCUGACGUGGACGUCCACGGCCCGGAGGGGCAACUGAAGAUGCCCAAGUUGAAAAUGCCCAAAUUCGGGGUGCCCGGCCUGAAGGGAGAAGGUCCCAGCGUUGAUGUGACCCUCCCGAAAGGCGAGGUGGACAUUUCUGGUCCCAGAGUAGACGUCGAGGUGCCCAGUGUGGACAUCGAAGGGCCAGAAGGAAAAGGGAAAGGCCUCAAAUUUAAAAUGCCCGAACUCAACGUUCAGACGCCCAAACUGUCCAUGCCGGACGUCGAUCUGAGUUUGAAGGGCCCCAAACUGAAAGGAGAUGCUGACGUGAAGAUCUCUGGAGAUCUGAAAGGCCCCCAGCUGGACGUGGAAGGUCCCAAAGUGGACGUCGAUCUGCCUGAGGUAGACCUGGAAUGCCCAGAAGGGAAAAUCAAAGGCCCCAAAUUUAAGAUGCCCAAACUGAACGUCAAGACGACCAAACUCUCCAUGCCAGACGUCGAUUUGAACUUGAAGGGACACAAAAUGAAAGGCGAGAUGGAGGUUUCCCCUCCGAAGGUAGAAGGUGACCUGAAAGAACCCAGCGUGACCAUCAAGGGACCGAAAAUGGACGUCGACCUCCCAGACGUCAACCUGGAGUGUCCGGAAGCCAACCUGAAAACGCCCAAACUGAAAAUGCCUCAUUUUCAUGUUUCGGGCCCCAAGUUUGAGGGAGCCGAACUCGAGGUUGAAAGAGAGGGAGAUCUUGCUGGGCCGGAGGUGGACAUGGAGAUGCCGGAAGUGCACAUUGGAGGAGGAGAAGGGAAAUGGAAAGGCCCCAAGUUCAGGAUGCCGAAGCUGAACAUCAAGACACCCAAACUGUCCAUGCCCGACGUGGAUUUGAACCUGAAGGGACCCAAAGUGAAAGGAGAAGUGGAUGUUGAGGCUCCAAAGGUAGAAGGUGCUUUGAAGGGACCCCAAGUGGACAUCAAGGGGCCCAAACUAGAUGCUGAGGCACCAAAUAUUGAGCUGGAGUGCCCCGAAGGAAAACUGAAGGGCCCCAAGUUCAAGAU